AUGUCUUCUGCUGUCAAUGAACUUGCCGAUACCAUGGCCUCCGUCACCGUCAACGAGGCCAACGGCGCUGCCCCGGCUGCUGCCGCUGCCAACCCAGACCCGUCCGCCAUCAGCGCAGACGAGGGCCGCCGUUUGUACAUUGGGAACCUCGCCUAUGCGACCACCGAGGGGGAACUCAAGGACUUCUUCCAGGGCUUCAGUGUGCGAGAGGAGAGCAGGCGGCAGCUACUUACACUGUGGGAAUUUGCUGUGUUGUGCUCCCUCGUCUCUUUUUCCCAGCUGGUUGGGCACUUGCUCGGUCGACCGCUUGUCCGCUUGUCCGCCCGGCGCCCUCUCUACCUUGUUAAGGAGAGCACCUCCAUCCCUGUGAAUCCUCGCACUGACCGCCCUGUUGGCUAUGCCUUUGUCGACCUUGCCACCGCUCAGGAGGCUCAGGAUGCCAUUGCUGCUCUGACCGGCAAGGAAAUCCUCGAGCGCAAGGUCUCCGUCCAGCUUGCUCGCAAGCCCGAUGAGCAGAAGCAACUGAAGGAGCAGAAGGAGCAGAAGGACAAGGAGGCUGGUGCCAGCGGCAACGAGGGCACCAGUGGCACAGAGGGACGCAAGAGGUCCUCCAACCGUGGCCGCGGACGUGGCCGGGGUCGUGGCCGUGGCGGCCGUCUUGGUCGUGGCGGACGUAAGACUGAAGAUGGCCACGCUCCUGAAGGUGAGUCUGCCGAGCAGGCUGGCCUGAACGAAGUCACCAACACCGAGGGAGAGGCCCAGGAGCAAAAGGGCCGUCGUCCUCGUGUCCGCCGUGGCCCUCCAGAGGAUGGCAUUCCUUCCAAGACCAAGGUCAUGGUUGCCAACCUCCCGUACGAUCUUACUGAGGAAGGCGUAAGUCCACCAGCUCUCCAUUCCAAAGGCCUGUUCUCGUGCCGUAUGCUGACCCCCGAACAGUUGAAAGAGCUCUUUGCUGCCUACGAGCCAGUUUCCUCCAAGAUCGCCCUCCGCCCCAUCCCCCACUUCAUGGUCAAGAAGCUCCAGGCCCGCGGUGAAGCCCGCAAGGGCCGUGGCUUCGGUUUCGUUACCCUUGGAUCCGAGGACCUCCAGGCGAAGGCCGUCCAGGAGAUGCACGGUAAGGACGUCAAUGGUCGUGAGAUCGCUGUCAAGGUCGCCAUCGACAGCCCCGGAAAGGAAGACGAAGUCCCAGAGGGCCAGGCUGAUGAACCAGCUGACGCUCCUGCUGCUGACUCUUCCGAGGCUGCCGCUGCCCCGACCACCGCUUAA